GCCGAACCAACUACCCUCCGGGGACUCCUAAGAAAACAAAAAAGCUUCAAAAUCAUCCUUUCUUGUCUUCUUCUUCUUCUCCAAGAAAUCUCUUUUAAAUUUCUCCAAAAAAAAAAUUAAAAAAUGGUGAUUAAUUCUUCAAGAACGAGAUCAAGCGGACCGGUGCUACGCUCUGUAUCACCGUCCGGUCGUUUCUACGGCGGCUCGUCGUCAGGCUUCGCUUCCUCCACAAGCUCGAGUUUCUCGUCUACAUCCUUUUUCACCUCCAACCGUCAACAACAACAACAACAGCCUCACCACAGAUCCGCGUCUCCCACACGUGUGAACUUAUUCGCAACUACGCCGUCGUUUCGUUACUCGAUAGAUAACAGAUCCGUGUCCCCGAACCAAUCCGUCGCCGUUUCGAAGCAGCCUAGCGGUAACAAGAUCCCCGAUUCGAGGAGGAGGUGUAUGUGUUCGCCGACGACUCAUCCAGGCUCGUUCAGGUGUAGUCUGCACAAGAACGUGGCGAAUCCGCACGGACAAGGCGCGGGAACGACGUCGUAUUCGAGUAACGGUUUGAAUAUGAGGAGAUCUGCGAUGACGAAUUCGCUUGUGAGGAUCGGUGGUGUUGAAGGUGAGUGGGUGAGAAGAGCGUUGACGACGUUGAUAAGGCCUUCGUCGCAUCAGCUGAAAAGGAGGUCUGCUUAUCAGCCGAGGCCUAGUAGGUUAUCGGUGAUGUCGAAAGCCGAGGAUGUUUGAUCAGGUUUGUUCUUGUUUCUGAAUCCGACACAGGAAUAUGGAUCCGAGGCGAGCGAGCGGAUCUGCGCGGACGGGUCGGGUCGGGUCGAGGAGUGUUAAAUGGAGUUAUGUAAAAUGGAGACCGAAACGACGCCGUGAUAAGUUAAUGUUUUGUUGGGUGGGAGAUGAGAUUUGUACAAUAGUACUCAUAGUCAUAUGAUAUUGAAGAACAGAAUAUUUCCAUAAGCCGAAAACAUCUAGAACAGAACCAAAAAAAAAACAGAACAGUAGUGUAAAAAUUGGGUAAUUAAAAUCUGGUUAUGAAACGAGGGACUUGUGAUUAAUAUUCUGAGUUUUGCAUCGUUUGCCUUCACCGUUAGUCUGUUCCGUCAACUUUCUCCAAUACCGUUGACCCGUUCCGUUUGCCGUUAACCGUCGUCGUGUGUCACGUUGUGUGUUCCGUUAUGAUUUCCAGGUAUGUGUUGUUCGUCGUGUGAGGUAUGUAUCGUUUAUUUUUAUUUUUAUUUUAGUUUGGUUAAUUGCGUUUUUUUUUUUGUGAACGGUUGAUCUGUUUUUUUGUUUGUUUACGUGUUUUUCAGGUAUCGUACGAUGGGGGAGAAGAACAUGACUUAAGCUAACCGUUAAUAGUUACAUUCAACUUUGGGUUUUGUGGACUUUGAACAUAAAGGAAAGAAAUAGGACUGCUGUAAGAAAAAAUCAGUAUUUGACCUUGAUACGUUAUGUGAGGCAAGAAGAAGCUGAAUAUAAAAGAUUUUUAGAGUCCAAAAGUACCAUGACAGUAGAGAUUUUAGAGGAGAUUGUGAAUCAGAGAGAUCUAAGAUUUCGUAAGGAGAUUCCUGAAACCAUUAAGGGUUAACUUUGAAGCUAGAAAACGUAAAAAAUAUUCAAAGUUAAUCAAGGACAAGUUUAUUUUUCCUUAAACAGGUAAAGUAACUGAAGGUAAUUAAUGAAAUUUCCUGAAACGAGUGGGGGUAACUGUGGAAAGGUACAAAGAAAUAAUUUGGAAGGUAAAGAAUCUUUGGGUCGAUAAAUGGAAACCAGCACAACAUGAAAUUAAAUAUACUAAACAAAUCGAGAUAUAAGAUGUAAAAAGGUGUCAGGGACUCAGAGAAUGGUAGAGACUCGUCUUCCUUACCUGGAGGGAGUGAAGUUUAGAUAGUUUCAUGCAUUUGUUGAUUCCUAAUCUCUCCAUGAUUGGAGAUUAACAAACACUUGCUUAACUUUAAUUUGUUGUCCUAAUUAAUACCAUUUUCCACAUCUUUAAAGUACUAGGUUGAGUAAGUUCCUUCUAACAAGCUAUGGAAGAACAGGUUUCAUUCAUUUGUUGUUUCCUAAUCUCUCCAUGACUGAAGACUAACAAACACUUGCUGAACUUUAAUUUGUUGACCUAAUCCAU